AUGGGGAUACGACCCUCAUUUUUUAUUUUUCCCCCUUUUUGUGAUACCGGGGGAUGUCGUAACACGUUUUCCGUAAACUCUGGAUCAAGCGAGAGAUUACAAACUGUCAGUGAGGACGUAACAGAACGGAGAAGGCGCAGACGACACAGGCGCAGACUUGGAUUGUUCGGAAGUUUUGAACGAGACAGGCCACCCACGUAUGACGAGGCAAUGCAGAACCCACCAGGAUGGUACCUUAAUGUUGCAUUUGGCAAUCCAGUUGACCCUUCAUUACCACAGCCACCUUCAUACCAUGAGGCAAUCAGUGCCGAUACAUCAGCACCUAAUACAAACCCUAGACAAACCCCUGGAAGCCCCACCUCUACUGACAGUAGCCAAUCAGAACUGACAGUCUGUUCAGGCCACCUAUCAGAUUCCUCUAGUUCUAGUGACGAGGGGCUCCACAUGGGGAACUUACAAUGCGUGAUGGAGAUGGUAGGGAGAAGGGAGACUUGGUAG